AUGGUGGGUGGAAGGAAUAUUCCUGUGCUAGGUCGCAAUUUUGACCUCUCACCCGCAGUGUCGCGGUUCUCCGCUGCUCGAAUGUACUUGAGACGUGGAGCUAAGAAACCGAUUGUGAAGAAGUCAGAUGAGCCUCUCAUGCUCCCCCUUCAACGAACGGGCCCUAAGUUCAAGCUCGGACAUCAUAAGAAGGUCCCUCUCAGGAAGUCUCUCACUCCAGGAACAGUCCUUAUCGUGCUUGCUGGACGCCAUAAGGGAAAGCGCGUCGUCUUCUUGAAGCAGCUCGAGAAGUCGGGUCUACUCCUUGUUACCGGACCACAUAAGCUGAACAACUUCCCUCUCCGAAGAAUUGCUCAAGCUUUUGUCAUUGCCACGAAGACAAAGGUUGAUGUUUCCGGUGUAAAGAUCCCAAAUCACAUCAAUGACGACUACUUCAAGCGAAAGACCCUCUCCGGAAAGAAGGGCGAGAACAUUUUCGCAGCAGGAAAGGUUGAAUAUCAGGUUACCGAGCAAAGAAAAACAGACCAGAAAGCCAUCGACAAGCCGAUCCUUGCCGCUAUCAAGAAGCACCCAGAACACAAAUUCCUCUUCGGUUACUUGGGAUCGCGCUUCAUGUUGGGCAAGAGGCAGUACCCUCACAACAUGGUGUUCUAA